UUCAAUAACACAACAAGCAGACGAGACAUGACGUUUGGAGGAAAAGGGCUGCAUUUAUGAGAUACCAGUGGAUUUAUUUCGUAGUGUACAUGACCAUCAGAUAGCUGUUGACAAGGGACACUAUUUUGUUGUCUCUGCCAUCGUACUAUUGAUUUACCUGUCUUCAGUUUCUUCGCGUACAGGCCUGAUGUCGUCUGUUCUUGGAAUUCUGCUCAUCUUUCUUCAUCUUCCAACAGCGCUUGGUCAGGAUCUGGUGCUGUCUUGUCCAAAUGCUGUCGUUACGCCCUCCGGUCUUUCUAAAACACGGGGCUGGACGGAGAUCUACGCCAACUGCUACCUCGUAGUGCCGGACUCCCCGUUGUCAUGGACACAGGCCCUAGCCACGUGCAGCAGAUAUGGCGGGAGGUUGGCAGAGCCAGCGGGGUUUGAUGUCACUGAGCAAGUUGGGAACCUGCUGAAGAAAGAGUCGGCCACAACGAAACGGAUUUGGACAGGUUACAAUCGAAGGGGACAUUCAUCUGAAAGCGACACCAUCGGGUACUGGAGCGACGGUCGGGCCACCACUGUUGACGUGGGGGUCUGGGGUGCUUACGAACCAAAGGUGACGACAGGAGACUGCGCGUAUCUGCAGCAGACUGACUCAUCGUGGAAGAUGUACAUGGGCGUGUGCGACACACUGAUGCCUUUUGUGUGCCAGGCACUCCCCUGUCCAUCAGGAACGUUCCGCUGUGAUUCAGGGAAGUGUAUUGGCAGCAACAACAUGUGCAACGGAGAGAACAACUGCGGGGACUUCUCCGACGAGAGAAACUGCAAUUCGAAGUGUUCCUACUACCUGACGGAGCGCGAGGGCGUGGUGACGUAUCCCAGUGGGGCUGACAACUACCAGGGGAAGACCACCUGUCAGUGGGCCAUAGAGGGAGCCGUUGGAUCCAGGCUCCAAGUUUCGUUUCUGAGCCUGGCGACUGAGAAAGGCCUGGACUUUGUGGAGGUGUGGGUAGGAGGGAGAACCAUCGCAACAAGCACCUUGCUGCAUCGUCUCUCCGGCACCACCAUCAGCAGUCACUACAUCAUCAGCCCCAACAACAACGUCAUUGUCAGAUUUUUCUCUGAUUUCUCCUACCAGUUUGGAGGCUUCAGCUUUCGAUGGAACUCAGAUUUUCGCUGUGAUAUGUUGUCACUGCCGUUGACCCGCAAUGACGUGGGUACAUUGUCCACCACUCCGACUGUGUUCACCACCGAGGACUGUCAGCAACAGUGCGUCAACAGCCCCACCUGUGUGGCCUUCGUCUUCAACACCGUCCAGAGGAGCUGCCAGGUCUUCGCCACCAUGCCACUAGCCGUCCCUGACCCCUGCUGCGAGCUCCACGUGAAGACCUGCCCUGGGGAAGUGGGCUACACCACUGUGCCAUCAAUUCCCAAUCUGGGUGGAACCCUGUAUGCCACCGUGACCCCCCAGCGCCUCCACUCCCCCCUCUACCCUGUGUACUAUCUGCCAGGGGCAACCAUUGCAUGGACGAUCAUAGCAACUAGCAGAAGAGUUGUCUCCCUUGAGAUUCUGGAUAUUGACCUAGCAGAAGGCGACACUGUGACAGUGCUGGAUGGUGACGGACCAUCUUCUCCAACUGUCACCAUCAUUACUCAGGGUUCCCCACACAACAGUCUCAUCUCGACAGGGACCUCGUUGUAUGUUCUGUUUAAAACGUCGGACAUUGACAGAACGAAGAGAGGAUUUCUCUUGUCAUAUCAGUCAGGGUGUGAUGUGGAAAUAUCGGCGACAUCUGGCACGAUAUCCUCACCAGGGUAUACCACGGGACAAUAUCCCAGCAUCCUCAGCUGUUCCUGGCUUUUGUCAAUCUCCACGCCACUUAGACUCAGCUUUAACUCCAACUUCAGGCUAGAGAAUCGAAAGGAUUUUCUACAGGUGUAUGAAGGGAACAAUGAAUUUGGAACCCCAGUGCACUCUGGGUCAGGGUUCACGGGGUCAGGGUCACCAGGUCAAGUCAGCACCGAAGGAGGUCGCCUGUAUGUGCGUCUGUCCACCAGUGCUACAGGGACGGAUGUAGGAUUCACAGCAGAUUUCACUGCAGGUUGCCCACAAGUCAUAGAUUCAACACUUGAAAUUCAGCCAACAAAUUAUGCUCGUUACCAUGGAGAUCGCAUCACUGUUUCCUGUAAGGUGGGAUAUGUGUUUUCGACGGCUGGCUUAUCGGCCCAAACCAGCGUACAGCUGACAUGUACUGAGGGGAAGUGGAGCAUCAGCCCUGUCCCAUCAUGCUCACGGGUGUUCUGUGGCUCUCCUCCCAGCAUCAACAACGGUGCCCUGGUGUCUGUGACGGGCCUGUACGGCAGCGACUCCGCGACAUACACCUGCAACACCGGCUACUCCACCACACAGCAACAGACCGUCACCUGUCUCAGUACUGGACAAUGGGCCACACCACCAUCAUGUUCAGCGCCAACAUGCCCACCUUUACCUUCUAUUUUGAAUGGAAACUUUGUGGCGCUGAAGGGCAACGACAUUGACCACGGCUCCGUGGUCCGCUACAGCUGCAUUGUCGGGUAUGACAUCAUCGGCGUGGAUACCCUCACCUGCAAUCAGGGUGUGUGGUCAGGGAACAGACCUCUCUGUGACAAGGUCAAGUGCGGCCUUCCUUACGUCGACCAUGCGACCUUGUCCCCAAGUUUGGGGGUUUACGUGAAUGAAGAUGUGACAGUUUCCUGUGACUCUGGGUACCAGUUGUCAGGACAGGCGAAGUUCAAGUGUGGUAUUGACACACCUCCACAGUGCAACAACAUCAAUGAGUGUACGGAGGGGACAUCAGGGUGUGCUCAGCUAUGUAAGGACAAGGAUGGAGGCUUUACGUGUUCGUGCAACGAAGGCUAUCGGCCACUCAGCGCUGGGUCGCCUGACUGCGAGGACAUAAAUGAAUGUGACUACAACAACGGCGAGUGCACGAACACGUGCGAAAACUUCCCUGGCGGCUACCGCUGUUCCUGUCCUACCGGCUUCCAGCUGUACACAUAUAAUGGACUGGGAGGGAUCUUGAUCCCCAUCGGCGAGACCGGAGACAAGCCCUGGAACUUGUACCACAUCAACCACACCUGUAUCAGACAGAAGUGCCCGGCUCCAGCACUGACAAUCCCCAAUGGUCAAGUUCUGACCACGUCGACCACCUUCAGUGUCGGUGACCUGGUCACCUACAUAUGUGACAUCGGCUUCAUCCCACAGGGGGAGACAACCCUGCAGUGUGUCAGCAGCAACACAUGGAGUGCCUCGUUUCCUGUAUGUGUCGCGGCUAGCUGUCCCGAGCUGACUGUCUCCCCGGGCUCGACUAACGCUCCAACAGUCACCCCCAAGGGGAGCAUCCCCUACCUUGCCUACUUCAGGCUCACCUGCUCCUUGCCCGGGGGUGGCACGACGGCAGAGGAACGCCCGUGUUACUACAACAAGCGCACCAGUUCCUACCAGGUGUCUUCCACCUCCCUCACAUGCCCCAGCGUGGACUGUGGCAGUCCCCCUCGCGUCUCAGGGACGACCUCAUACAUCACUUCCUGCACCAAGUCCGGCUGCCAGUUUCUGUUUGAGUGCAAGGCUCCGCUGUUCACCCGGAAUGGUACCAGCUCCUACAAUGACGCCUACGUGCGGUGUGGCUCUGACGGACAGUGGGACUUCAACAGCCUUCGAUGUAUAGGCCCAAUGUGUAGUGACCCUGGCACGCCCCCUGGUGGGGAACAGGUGGUCACGUCAUACGAGGAGUUCAGCUUGGUGUCUUACCGAUGUGACCGAGGCUUCUUGCCCACUGACCCAUAUCCCCUAGAAUGUGUCUACAACUAUCAGACUGUCUCCCUGCAAUGGAAUGGCACCAUGCCUAACUGCACAGAUCAGCAGAAACCUAUCUUUUACAACUGCCCAUCGGGUGAGAGGUCAGUCAAGCGGUUCCAGACCCUGCCUAAUCUUGACCCCAACCCACAGGACAACACAGUCCUGCUGCUGAGACGGAGCGUGUCACCACCCAACUUUCAGGGGAACAAGACACUUAUAGCCUCUGACAUGCUGGUGCUGUACGAAGCAGAGGACUACGCUGGCAACAUCGGCACUUGCACUAUCAACAUCAAGGUCAUUGAUGAGGAACCUCCUGUGCUCAUCUGUCGAGACUCAUUCAACUAUCAGCUUCUCAACGAGUCCGAGCAACAGACGUUCGAUGUAACAACCUUCGCUUCAGCCUCUGACAACAUCGGCGUGAGCAGCCUCCAGUUCUCAGUGACACAGCUCACCCUGGACAAGAACAGCAUCGGCACAGUGAACACCAUCACCGUGACGGCCAGAGAUGCUGCAAACAAUGAAGACACCUGCAACAUACAGGUCACAGUGACAGGUCCUCUUUGUCAACAGUGGACCGUGCUCAUCCAGAAUGGGCAGACAUCUUGCCAGAACACGGCUUUCGGUAACCAGUGCACAGUCACCUGCAACUCUGGCUACACACUGUUCGAGGAGAAUGACGCUGUCACUAAGACAAUCCAAUGUGCUUACUCUACGGGCUGGCCGACCUUCCCCCAGUGUGUCCGCAAGCAGAGAAGCCCAUACCGCUACGCCCCGAGUCUCCGCUACGUGACAGGGACGGUCAUCACCACUGAGUGUGAAACUGCUUAUCAGAAUGACUUGUCUAACAAGAUCGCAUUUCUUCUCCCCACGCUCAGCAACCUCUGCCAGGGUCAGUCGCCUUCCCUGACGGUAUCCCUUCCGACCAGCUACACCCCAGUCACCAUCUCCUCCUUCGCCGGUGUGGUAACAGGAACGUUUAACCUGGAGUUUCUUCCUCACGGGUACUCAGCGAGUCAGUACUCACAGUGCGUCAACACCAUCAGGAACAUCUUCACCUCCAGCAACAACCUCAUCAGCAGUGUCAUGCAGCUUGCACAGCUGGGCAACUGUGCUGCAUCGUCAACAGCGACGUACAGCAACACCGCAGCAGAGGGUGUGGGUUGUUAUGGCAUAGAAGAAGUCCGAAGUUCCGUCAUAGAAUCUGGCGACAUAUGUGUGGCCUGUCCAGCAGGUUUUGUCCUCAGUGGUGGCAAAUGCAGUCAGUGCGGUCCUCACUCGUACCGGGAAAUGGCAUCACUCAGUUGUCUCCCCUGUCCACCACUCUCGAGCAACUUUGCCUCAGGACUCACCAGCUUGGCUGAAUGUUAUCGUGUGUGUCCGCAGGGGAUGUUCUCCACGUCUGGGGAGGCGCCAUGUAACCAGUGCCCCGAGAACACCUACAGCAUCAGCUCCACCAGCUGCCAGCCCUGCCCCACCGGGCAGUUCACACGUGGGCCGGGGCACGCCUCCAGCACUGCUUGUAGAAGUCGCUGUCAGCCAGGGACGUACUCCAGCACCGGACUCGCACCCUGUCUCAGCUGCCCCAAAGCUUACUAUCAGCCGUUGUCAGGGGCUACAACAUGUGUGGAGUGUUCCCCAGACACAACUACACCAGCAGUAGGGUCUUCAUCGUCGGGACAGUGCAUCAUUGCCAUUAGUACUGUGUGUGACUCUAGCAAGUGUGCCAAUGGUGGAACCUGUCGGGUCGUCAACCAUGAAUACUUCUGUGACUGUCCUCCUGCUUUCACAGGGCGUGCGUGUGAGACGGUCCUCCGGGGGUGUGACUCCAGCCCCUGCUACAACAACGCUUACUGCUUGAACAGCGGAGGCCUCGACUACACCUGCUACUGUCAAUCAAGUUCGUCUAGUCGGUAUUCAGGACAGCGAUGUGAGAUUGACAGAAACGACUGUGAGUUCAACCCCUGUCGCAACUAUGGUUCUUGCCACGACAAAGUUGGGGCAUAUGCGUGUCUGUGUCCAUCCUUCAGUGAAUUCACUGGCAGCAGCUGCUCCAGACUCCGCCAGCCCUGCACAGACAACCCGUGCCCGGCCAACGCCCAGUGUGUUGCCGCCGGCAAUGUGCGCCGCAAGUGUGUUUGCAGUGCAGGCUUAACCGGGCCAGACUGUACAAAAGAUAUUGAUGAGUGCCUGUCCAACCCUUGUCUGAACGGAGGCACGUGUCGCAACGGCAACAACAGCUUCUCCUGUGAGUGUGGCAGCGACUACGGUGGCAAGGUGUGCGAGGUCAGGAAUGAUCAGUGUUUCUCCAACUCCUGUGGCAGCCAGGGAACCUGUGUGGACGACUACAUGACGGGCAGGACUCUCUGUGUCUGUGCCAGCGGAUAUGAGAGUGUGAACAACGUGUGUGUGUUGAAGAAUCUCUGCUCCAGCACGCCCUGUAUGAAUGGCGCCACGUGUGAGUCCAACGCAUUCAGCUACAGCUGUAGGUGUCUGCCGGGGUACGAGGGCUUCCAGUGCCAGCAUGAGACGGACGAGUGUGCGUCAAACCCAUGUAAAAACGGCGCCACGUGUGUGGACAACUACCUCGACUAUGCCUGCAUCUGUGACCCGGCGAAUCCCGAUACUGGAGAUGCUAAUUCUACCUACGGCAAAAACUGUGAAGAUCUACACAAUGACUGCACCCCGUUCCCUUGUGACAUUGUGGGGACCAUUCGUUGCAAUGAUUUGUUCAAGGACUACCAGUGUACAUGCAGACAAGGAUACUACGGCAAGAACUGCUCCAAGGGGGAUACCGACUGUGAGAGUUUCCCAUGUCGCCACGGCGCCACCUGCAUCGACAUCGGCACCAACGCCUACGUCUGCAGCUGUCCCAACGGCUUCACUGGCAAGGACUGCGAGACAAGGAUCGAGUUUUGCACCGGCACCCCUUGCAUCAACGGGGGCACCUGCAUCAACUCGGAUACUUCAUUUGUUUGCAAAUGCCCGCCUGGCUUCCUGGGGUUGACCUGCAGUGGUGUGUACGAUGUCUGCACUAUAUCCAGGCCAUGUCUUGGCUCAGGGAGCACCUGUCUUAACAACGGCUACAAGGCCGUCUGUGAAUGUGCUGCAGGUAAAAAAGGCGACAACUGUGAACAGAGGACAGCUGAAUGCAGCGCGACCACGUGCGAGAACGGAGGGACGUGUAACGACAACCUCGGGACCAUCAAGUGCACUUGUCCUGCAGGUACUAGCGGUGACCGGUGUGAGACCAACGCUGACGACUGUGCCAGCGGCCCGUGCCCCACAGGAUCUUUGUGCAUCGACGGCAUCAACUCGUACACCUGUCAGUGUCAGCCAGACAAGAUCGGGGAAACCUGCCAGAAAGCUGUGUCAGCAGAUUUUGAUGUGGCGUUCCCCGGGCCGAGCACCUACCUUGUGGAUGCCCUGUCGACACCCCAGAAGCUUGGGUCUCAGUCCCUCUCCCUGUCUGUCUGGCUCCGGUACACUGCCCAGACCCCCCAGGGGAUCAUUGCUACACUCUAUGGCCUCAGCUCCAGCACUAUAGACAGCACCGCCCAGGAGCUGCUGAGACUGGAGAAGGACCGAGUGAUGGUGAAGAAUCCAGGCAACGCACAGCAGGCUCAGAUUUCCUUCACCUCCCUGGACGACGGCCGCUGGCACCAUAUCAUCCUGGUGUGGGACUCCGCCAGCCGGGAGUUUUCGGUGUAUAUAGAUGGGACUUUCAUCAAUGUGCAGCAGUACAACUGGAACACCAACAUCCCAUCUUACAUUUGGCUAGUUCUGGACGGAACCUAUGACUCCUCCAAGGGAACAGUGGACCAAUCACGCGGGAUGGUGGGCAGGAUUAGCCGUCUGUCUCUGGUGCCACGGAAACUGACAACUGCUGAGAGAGAAAACCUUUACAGUAACAAAGACUUCACUCCCUCGGACUCCAUCUUGGGCUUCACCUCGGACAUGAUGGACGGCAUCAAUGGACUUGUGGACUACAACAGUGAGCUGACCUCCGGGGUGUGCGUGGCUGCUGCUUCUCAGGGCUGCAGAACACUGGAUGCAGUGACGUCCAGCCCUCAACUCACCUCCUGUCCUGAUGACCAGCUGCGGAUACCUCCACGAGAGUCCAUCCCAGAAUGGCCGGUUCCCGUGUUCAGUGGUGCCACCACAGUUCGUGCCAACUAUGUGUCUGGGGAGACCAAGGUGACGUGGGGGACGUAUGGCGUGGCGUAUGCUGGAAGUGAUGAGGAUGGAGAUGCAGCCAUUUGUACAUUCAGGCUGUUCAACAGACGCACAGCGUGUGUGGUGCCCACUCAGCCUCUGUUUGGUGAUGAGACAUGUACCGUGAUAGAAGGAGGGUUCCGGUGUACGGUGCAGUGCAACCAGAACAACUUCGCCAUGGCAACACCCGGCCCCAAGUACUACAGCUGCGGCCUCCACGGCAUGUACACAGAGGCUGAUACUCCACUGCCCUACGAGCUGUCAGCGUGCACUAGCUGCACCACCCCCAAGCAUGACAUCGUCGUGACCAUGGACUUCCUCAUGACAACCCUCUGCUCCCCAUCCCUCGAGGCAACACUGCAGACCCAGAUCCAGGGGGCGCUGUCAGAGAUCAACAACCAAUGGAGACAGGAGCUGUGUAACGCUGUGACAUGUUCCAGUGUGGAUGUGCGUGCUGUGUGUAUACCGGACACACGCAUGAUGACUGUCACUGUCCGCCUCCUUACAGUCAAGGCUGCUCUUACCAAUGCCAAUUCUUUGAAAAUGUCGGCACCAGAGAUUUUGGCAGUAGCCAUCAUUGAUGAAGAGAAAUUCCACUUCCAGAUCGGUACUCCGAUAGUUUCAUCGUUCCUGACAGCUGAUGUUCCGACAUGUGACGGAGGGAGACAGCUGACUGGAGACUGUUGUGCUGAAUGUGGGCAAGGGACCUAUUUCAACACGGAUUUGGGCAGGUGUGUGGUGUGUCAGCGUGGGUCAUACUUGGCGGACGUUGGUCAGGUGGGGACAGCACUGUCCAGUCCGUGUCAGCUGUGCACUGGAGGCAAGACCACUCCCAACACCGGCGCACAGACGGAGGACGAGUGUAGAGUGACGUGUUCGACCGGCAACUUCUACAACCUGACUGUGGGGCAGUGUCAGCAGUGUGGACUGGGGUUCUACCAGCCCGGCCCGGGGACCUUCUACUGUGAGCCGUGUGGGCUGGGGCUCACCACGGAGGCUGUGGGGUCAGACUCAGUCACACAGUGCGGAAUUUAUCAGACCACUUCAGAUGACUUUGUUGGGGUAACGACCACAUCAUCACCACCAAACACGGGGGCAAGUACAGGUGGGGACAUGGACUGGACGCUGAUUGUCAUCAUCAUCGUCAUCAUCCUGCUCCUCAUCCUCCUCGUCAUCCUCAUCGUCUGCUGCUGCUGCAGGGGGGUCAUCGAAAGAUGCUGCCCAUGUCUGGUGACCAAGGUCGUGCCGGAGGGAGCCUCACAGUGGCACUACGUGGACAGGUUUGGUGAGACCAACAUGAAGUUUGUCAGCUACAAGAUGGGUGACUACCGAGCAGAGAAGACAGACAAGCAGGCUCUAGUCAGUGAGACAGGGUCGGAGGAUGGAAGCGUUCAGACCAACAUCUCCGUGCAGGUGCCGAUCUUUGAAGAGAAGCUGAAUGGAACAGUCACUAAGAAGCCGAUCUUCAUCGCCAACUCCGCCCCCAAAGAAACAAGGCAAGAAAAAAGACCGAAAGUCAAAAAAGUCAAAGACGAAGACCCAAGCGCAGUCGCCCCAAAGUCCCUCCCACCCCUCCCGAGCCGCCUCCGCGCCGGGGGGGCCAAAGCUCCGACCACGUACGGCAGUGUCGUCCUCCGGCCCCCGAGCGCAUUCAACAAAAAAAGGCCGACACUAAACGAUGUUCCGCCCGAGGAGUUCGUCAGUAAGAUACAAGUCUCAGAUGCUGAUGAUGAGGAUGGAGAUUACAGAUAAAAUGUUGCAGGAAAGGAUUUAGUUUCUUGAAAUAGAUACUCAAACGAAACAUUGCUAUUUCUAAAUAAACAUCAUGCUCAGUAUUAAGAUAUUAUGAUGCCCUUCUACUUGGGUGUUCACCAUUGGAUUGAUGACAGCAUUAUGAUAAUAGAAAAUUUCUGAGACCUUUUUUAUAAUUUGGUAAGAUUUGGUUUGGUGACUCACAAUCACUUCUAUGAACAGAAUUGCAUUCUUGACAAAAUGUGGUGGACAUGGGUUCGAACCUCAGAUUAUGAUCCUUGGUUUUCCAUGCUUGUGGGUUCACACCUGAAAUGUAUCUAUGAAAUGUAUAACAUUAGGUGUUUAUCCAUCAUGACACUGACACUCUGUGGCAUGACUAGAUACUGUUCACAGCGGUGGCACACAACUCUCCCUGUUUACAUUUCUGGGGUGUGGAAGAAAAGUUUCACAAUUUUCCUUCCCAUUCCUCUGUAUGAAAUGAGAAUUGUUCACCACUUUGAGAUAUCAACUUCCUAUAUGAAUGGAAGAUAUUUAUCAAGCUUCUUCUCACCUGGUGUUAUUUAUUUGUGUGAAGUAUUUGUGAUUGAUAUUAUUUAUAACUGCAUAUUUGUGAUACAUUCAACCCUGUUUCAUCUGUAAAUAUAGGACAUGUACAGAAUAGAUAUAUUUUAGAUGUUUGCAGUUGACUUCAGAAGUAGUUGUGAGGACAACAGUCUCAGUAUUCUGGAAGUAAAAAGCUUGUAACCAUUAAUCUCGUAUUGUUCAAAGAAAUUCUCUUCACGAAUAAUUCAUGGUAUCAACGAAGAUUUGGACAAUAAUUAGUCACCACUUAAUCAAAAUAUAUAUAUAUUCCAAUAUCCUCUUCAGGAACAUAAUAUGCAAAUGAUUGUAGCCAGAUAUACACGUAUGGUGCUUUGUAUAACAUGUAUAUACACAGCAGGAAGAGCUUUUGCUGAAGUAUUUUGUUUUACAGAGGUGUCUGCCAUUAAGAUUUUGCCUUAAUCAAUAUGAUUUUUAAACUAAAUAUCAAGUAUUACAGAAAAAUGAAUUUGUAAAACAUCAUACCUUCAGUAGCUUCAUUGUCGCAUUGCAUUUAAUUUGCUUUUAUAUUAACAUGAUCUCCUGUCUGGAAGUAUGUUGAAGGGAGCUUGUAAUUUAUAUUAUAUUAAAAUUUAUUUGUAGAUGCCAUUGUGCUCUGCUUUUAUUAUUUACAUUCGGAACUGGCUGUUUAACUUUGUUUCUAAGAUACAAUAAUCAAAUAUGCUGUUCUGAAUGCUUUGCUCACUCAUUCUGAGAUGUUAGGAGCCUCAGUACUUAUUGACUUUUGAUUAUUCUAUUGAUUAGAAAGUUUACCUUAUGCGGUCUUCUUUGUUGGGCGUGGCAGAUGUUCACUUACAGAUGUUGUUUCAAUACCAAUAAGACCUGCUGCAUAAGUUGUUACUUUUUUAACAUCAAUGGAUAUACUUCAUAUGCAUAAAAUUAUGUUUUGAAAGGGUUUCUGUCAAUAUUCAACACCUUUGAUGUAUUAUAUUCUUUACUUGAUUAUGUAGAAUAGAAAAUUAUUUUAGCGAGUCACAUUUCCGUCCAAAUGUUGAAGAAGUUUUACUGAAUUUAUAUCGUUUGUCCAAAGGAUCUGUGGAGGACAUAUUUUAUAUUCUCGUUAUACUGAAUGCUCUUUUGGAAACAGCAAUGUGAAUUGUAGCAAUUAGUGAUAUGACUUUGUACUUAUAUUUUAGAAAAUGUUGAUUUAAAGCAUUUUCAGUUUCACUGAAAUUUUACAAAGUGCUGUGAUAGCUCCGUUCUGUACAUAAUGUUGACUGAUAUAUUGACACAAUAUUUAUCUAUUUUGUUGUUAUAUUGUUGUGAUUAUAUCUGGCGAAAAAUGAUCACAGCUCCCUGACACCCUGUUAGGAGCCUGCAGUUUGAUAUUCUCUGGGAGGGGCUAGAAUACUUUUGUUUUCGAUUUGCAAAAGAUGACACACUCUCAUUGGUCAGCCAAGCCUGUAUUGGCUCUGCGACUACCAAAUUGGCCCACACCAUACAGCUGUGUAUCAGCAAGUAGUUGAUCUGUCAUCCCUGGUGGGUAUUGCCACACACAGCCUUCUACUUGUGGCUGUUCCUAAACUUGUUUUGAGUGGUGUAUAUUAAAUUAUUUUUUUGUCUGGCAUCACUGAGUUUUAUAACAGAGCAAUGAAAGGUACCAAGAACAUCGAAGUCCUUCAGUUUGAUAUGCGAUUUUCUAUGUAAAACAUGAAUGCUAUUUUUUUAACACAAUAAUUUACUGAGGUGUGAUAGCAUGGUGGUUAAAGCAUUCGCCCAUCACAUCGAAGACCCAGGUUCUGGUGUCCCCCUACCGGAAAAAUACUAAAAACGGCUUAAUAAUCAUACCCACUGCUCAGGACCAAACUAGUCAUCAUAAGUUAAAGGUGUGGUCCUUAGCAAAAGUUGAGCAGGGUAUUUAUUAUGGUUUACAAUUUUGUAUGUUUUCUGUCUGACAUUAAUGACAUUACCCAGAUAGUGUAUAUAAGAUUCCUGGGUGCUUUAGUGUCACACUUCACCUGACCUAUCUUGAAAACAUUGUCCCCACAAUAAUUUACAUUGAAAAUGGAAUUGUAGAGUGAUUUUUGCUCCCCCAUUUGUCUCUGAGCUUGGUGGCAAUUCUGUGAAUUCAAAUUACAUAAUUCUAUGUAAUUUUUGCUGAUCUUUAGAGGUGACUAAAUUGAUCUGGUGGUCAGGCUUGGUGACUUGGACGAUUGGAUGUUGUGGUACUCCAAUGGGGUGGAUGCUGUUCGUAAUAUUGUUCAUUUGAUUGUCUGGUCCAGCCUCGAUAAUUAACAGGCUGCUGUCACAUAGCUCAAUACUGCUGAGUGUGGUGUUAUGCAUGUCAUUACCUAAUCAGUUUUACAUUCAUGGGGCCAUUACCGAUAUCAUUUCACAGCUGAAACUUUAUAAUGUUUGAAAUACUUCAAUUGAAUUCUGAUAUUUGUCCGGUUUUGUAACCAUCAACACUGUGAUGUUAAUGUAGUGCAUGUGUUUGUACAGUAUGUAGUAUUUUGUGAACAUGUAGAACCAUGACAGUCGUCUGAGGUGGUGCAGUUCACUGUGCAUCCCUCAGUUGCAUCCCUAUGAUUAUGAUUAUGUUUCUAGAUUUGUCAGCACCACCAUACCCGUACUCAUGGGUUUCACCAAAGUAGUACAAAUCUGAGACCUGCAUCUCUUCGGUCUUUCCUUACAUGAAACUGACCCACUGUGAUAUGACUCGACUACAGAAACAUCUCUUACCCCUUACUAUCCACAGGGGGUACGGGUGGCCCAGUCGUCUAAGGCACAGUUAUUCGCUGUGCAGAGUUGCCUCCCUUGGGCACGCCAGAAACCUAUGAUUAUGGGUUCGAAUCCCGGUUCGCCCCAAUUAUGUUUCUAGGU